AUGAGUCGUCGCAACGGAAAUCCGGUCGAAGUCGGAGAUUUUCCUGAAGAGGAAGGAGAUGUUCCUGCAGCUUCGAUGGCAGAGGUUAUGCGUCAGAUGGCGAACCAGAACAGUCGUUUGAUGGCCCUUCUGGAACAAUUCACCGGAGGAGCAAACCCAGCAGCACAGCGUGGCGCACCGGAACAAAUUAUAGAAUCUCUUUCAACCGCUAUCAAGGAGUUCCAUUUCGAUCCUGAGAACGGGUUAACGUUCGACCGCUGGUUCUCCAAAUAUGAAGACCUUUUCAGACAGGAUGGUAGGAACCUGGAUGAUCCGGCAAAGGUUCGACUGUUGCUGCGUAGCCUGAGCGUCCCGGUCCAUGAGAAAUUUUUAAAUUAUCUCCUACCAGACCACCCACGCAAUUUCACGUUCGACGAAGUGGUGGACAAACUGAAGGCGAUUUUUGGGCAACAAAAAUCAUUGUUCAGCAAGCGCUACGAUUGCCUUCAAAUCAUCAAAAAUGAAGCCGACGAUUUCGUGACAUAUGCUGGGGCAGUCAACCGGCAGUGUGAGGAAUUCGAGCUACAAAGACUCACCGCUAACCAGUUCAAGAGCCUCGUAUUCAUCUGCGGUCUUAAGUCGGCAAAGGACGCCGAUAUCCGGACCCGUCUUCUAUCCAAGCUCGAGUCCGAUGCAGCUGAAAUCAACAUCGAUGGUUUGGUGACCGAAUGCCAGCGCCUGACAAACCUCAAGCAUGACGUUGCGAUGGUGGAGAAGAAACAUUCAUCUUCGAUGGUCCAGGCGGUUCGGCAGUUCAAGAAGCAAUCGAGCCAUCAAUCAAAACAACCCCCACCAGCAAACGAUAAAGUUCCACCAUCUCCGUGCUGGCAAUGUGGCGCGAUGCAUUUCGUCAAGGAUUGCAAUUUUGCCAAGCACACCUGCAAGCAAUGCGGAAAAAUUGGGCACCGUGAAGGUUAUUGCAGUUGCUCGUCAAAAUUUUCUGCAUCAUCGUCCGCAGGCGACAAGAGGGGCAAACCGAAGAACAGGACAUUGAGAAUGAAAACGAUCCAGUUGAAGCAAAUCCGAAGUCGUAGGCGAUACCUGACUGUUGAUUUCAAUGGUGUCCAAGUAAAGCUUCAGCUCGAUUGCGGUUCUGACAUCUCAGUUGUCUCUCAAGAUGUCUGGAACAAGAUUGGUGGACCUACAAUCAACGCUACCCAAAUGCAAGCAACAACCGCAUCUGGGGGACCUUUGGAACUGCUAGGAGAGUUCACUUCAUCUGUCACCAUCAGCAACGUCACGCGAGAGCAGCAAUGUUACGUCACUUCGGUCAACAAUCUGAACGUCAUUGGACUGGACUGGAUGGACGCAUUUGAUCUCUGGUCAAAGCCGCUCGCUGCACAAUGCAAUCAGGUGAAUCUUUCCAAAUUUCUUAACAACGAUCAGCACUUCCUCACUCGCUUCCCCGAAGUUUUUCAGAACGGUUUGGGCCACUGCACUAAAACCAAAGUUGGCCUGAAUCUCAAACCAGGCGCGCUACCAGUUUUCCGACCCAAGAGACCAGUUCCAUUCCAUGCCACUCAAAAAGUCGACGAGGAAUUGGAACGACUGCAACGUUUAGACAUCAUCACACCCAUCGAUUUCUCCGACUGGGCAGCUCCGAUCGUUGUUGUCAAGAAGCCUGGCGGCAAAGUACGCAUCUGCGCCGAUUAUUCCACCGGUCUCAAUGCGGCACUCGAAGCAAACAACUACCCUCUUCCAACACCUGAAGACAUCUUCACCAAACUGGCUGGUAACCCGCAUACCAAAAAACUAUAUCUUAAAUAA